GUAUUGCUUAGGCGGCAAGCAUGGCGGCUGCCGAAGCUGCUGUGGACGUCGUAGCUUGCGACGAGAAAUCAGACGAGGACGGCAGAAACAGCCCUGAUUCUUCGAGCGAGCCAGUUGCCACGACAAGCUCCAUGCCGGACGACUACGUCUAUCGGGCUCCCAGUGGUGUGGACAUCUUCAAGUGGCACCAAGGCCGUAUCCACGACAACGAAGUCAAAGUUUGGACGGGCACGAAGCGGCUGGAGCCGAACGGGACCGCGGAAGAGGUGGAGCUGGUGGAAUCGUUGCGGAGGAGCCGAGCCGACAUGCUGAGCCGCGUCGGAUCGUUCAGACCCAUCGACGUUUUGCAAGCUCUUUGGGACGAGGAGGGGAAGAGAGUUGUCGUCACCAAGCACAAGGGCACCUAUCUCAAGUUUAUGGGUGCCAAAGUUGGUGACCGCACGGUCCUACACCCACACGAGGCACUCUUUUUGCUCGAAGCGAAUCAGUUGCUGCUGAUGCGUGACGGCGUCCCAGUGAGCAUCUCGGAGGGCUACGAGCUUCUCCUGAAAGAUGGCGACGACUACGACAGGUACCUGGUGUACUCACACAUCCUGAGGGCUGGAUACAUCGUCGUUCCACACAGGAAGCAGGUGAGCCGUGAAACAUCGAAACCCGCCGAGACGGAAGCUAAGGAAGUCAAAGGCAAUCCUCACGAGAGCGACGACGACGUGGUGUGCCUCGACGACUCCGACGACUCGGACAUCUCCGUUGUCGAGGUGAUUCCGGCCAAGUUUCCCAAGCUCGACCCUUCCAUCACGAUAACGCCGGCGACCAGCCCGAAGAGGAACCUGUUUCCGGACAAACGGCGCUCUCGGGGCGGUGACCUCGCCUUCCCACAGUACGUCGCUGGUCAGCCGCUGGUCCUGAAAAGACCGCCUCGCCACCUCCUUCCCCGGAACGUGUACCCUUCCCGAGAGUGGUACGAAGUCGACCCCACCAGAUGGUGCCAGGAGGAGAUCGCCGUCAGGGAGAAGCGAAGGAACAGAGGAUGGUACGGAGAAAGGUCGUCCACAAACUGGGACCAGAGGCACAGCUCCGGACGAAGGAAUCCCGCCAUUCCGGACUUGAGGCCAGACCUGCAGUGCCAGGGCAAUGGGCAGGCCUGGCAGGCGCCGGACACUUCAUCGUGGCAUGCGCCGAACAACUCGGCGCCGACGGCUCCGGAGCAGCGCAGAGACGCCAGAACGUGGAGCAACAACACGGAUGGUUACGGCACCGGUCAGCCCAGGGGUCCGUACCAGGGCGGCGACGGUCCUUGGAACAACGCGGCGGCCCGACAGCCCCCGUACGACGCGUCUCACUGCCAGCCCUGGUGGCACGGGGGAGGAGGACUCGGCGGUGGUGGUCCGCCGCAACCGUGGAACUUCGCCGAUACCCGGGGAGCAGCCAGCAUGGAAAGACCACCGAUACCUCUACCUUGGGGGCCGGGCCAGCCCUGGCGCACCGUGCCGCCACCGCCACUUCACCCGCUCCCACCGCCACCACCGUUGCUUCCGGGAUGGCCGUCCCGAAAGCCGCACGAAGGCAGCCCUCACGGUUCCGGAAACCAGUACGGAUACUUUACAGAGGCCUACGUGUCCGAAACAUCUCAGCGGAGCCAGGAGCCGCGGAGGUUUGGGUCAGGCUCUUCGUUCUUCUCCGGACCGGGUCGGCCGGACCGCCCCACUCGUCCGAACCAGGCGUCGUACCGGAGAUCCGCGCACAGGAAUGACAGCAGUCCCCGCCGAAACUGGCAACGAGGACCGCACCGACCGAGCCACUGGCGCAGUGGGGCUCGCGGUGGCGCCGACGAGGAGGACUAUCCUUCAGCCUUGCCUCCCUUCUCGGCAGAGGCGACCAGCUGGUCCGAGCUCAAGUCCGGCCUUGCCCAGUCUGAGCGCUCAGAGGCACUCCUCGGCGGCGAGGGCUCCGUCCUCUGGAAGGGUUCCAUCGAGCCACUGGUCACACCCACGCAGGACGUCUCGAUACCGGGCAUCGUGUCCCAGCUUGCCAUCAUCCAGGAGGUCGACCUGGUGAAUGGCAGUCGGCAGUCCAACGGCUCGACGUCCAACAGCUCCGACCCCGUGACGCCAGACCUGGACGUGUACUUGCCUGCCACGAGCUACUCCAAGCGGAACCCUGGGACUCCCGAGUGUAGAGUCUGCGUGGUCAGGUGGGAAGAUGGCCCAGCCCAGCUGCGAGACCUGAAAGCCCGGCAGUCAGCUGUGAGUGACGGUGCACCCCUCGUGUUCGCAGCGGUGGACCAAGGCCAAGUGCACCUGUACGCGUUUGAUGUGAUGGAAGCGCCACGUUUCUUUCCGGUACCCUGAAGUCGGAGCAAUGUGCUGCUUCUUUCCGUGGACACGAUACCUCAACGCUGUGGGGGAGCGAAUUUUUGGGAUUGUCGUCGGAUCUCCAACCUGGUAUCCAAAUCGUGCGCUUUUGCCCUGGCAGUUAGUAUUCCCAUUCUGCCGGCUUUCGAUUUACAGCAACUAUAUGCACUGCCACCGUUUUGUGUCCGGGCAAACGGGAAAAAAAAAAAAGAAUGUUGUACGUGUAGAAGAGGUAGGCACCAUUGCCACCAAGUUCGAACGUCAUUUAAUGCUGUUCUCUAGUGAGUCCUAAAAUGCUGUAGAAAUUUUGUACGCCGCGUCACUCGAGUAUUUUUGUAGCAGCAUCAACUGAAACGAUUGUCGGUACAC